AUGGAAGCUGCAGAAAGGAACCGCCAAAAGAAACUUGAAUUGAGCCGAGGGGAGAACGAUUACAACGCACGCUUGGAUAAGAAGUCUUGCCCGAAAUGUGGAGCCCCGCAAUCGUACUCGGAGUUCCGGGACAAAAAGAAAAAGUGCCAAAUGUGUGGGGUCGAGUUUCGCUUCGUGAAUGCGUGGGGGGAUAUCGAACACAGUUUUACUUCACGAAUGGCUGAAGCCUCACGAGCGCAGGCGGAAAGAAAGGAGCAAAUUUAUGCCCAGGUCACAGCGGAGGAGACCAUUCGACACAGAGUCACCAAAACAGCGAAGCAAUUGCAGUAUGAACAACGAAUCGCCACGAAGCACAACAAGAAGACGUUUCUCGAUAGAAACUACAAACCCAAUAGUGACUCGAAACCCAAGAAGGCGCAGUUGGAGCUGGAGGCAAAGCGCAAAGCCGGUAAACCCGUCAGGUAA